AAACUAAUGGAUAAACAGAUCGAGGAAUACGUGAAUGAAUUGCCGGCAAUUGACGCCAAUAUCGCAUUGAAUGGCAAACUAGAGCUCAAUAACAGAGACUGUUAUAUACAAUUGGUCGAUACUUUUAAUCAUAAGUGCUAUGCGCUCAGCCAGGCCGACGUAUACCACGCCUACCAAGUGGUGCGUAAACACGGAAUACCCGACGAAAACAUAGUUGUCAUGCAUUACGACGACAUCGCAUAUCAUAAACAAAACCCGACCCCCGGUGUAGUCAUCAACCGAGUGAACGGCACUGAUGUCUACAAAACCCCGAACGAAGUGCCCAAACACUACACGGGGGAUGAGGUGACACCCGAGAACUUUUUAGGCGCACUAAAGGGCGAUGUUGAGUUAGAGAAACAGGGUAAAAAGGUGAUAAAAAGUGGUCCUAAUGAUCGUAUUUUUGUGUACCUUGAAGAUCAUGGCGCCGAAGAAGUAGUACUAUUCCCCCAUGAUGUAUUACAUUCACUUGAAUUAAAUGCUGUGCUCAAGAAAAUGCACAUGGAUAAUAAAUUUAGCCAGCUUGUAUUUUAUUUGAAUGCCUGCGAAGCAGGAUCCAUGUUUGAAAAACUUUUACCUGGUGAUAUCAAUGUCUACGCUGUAACUGCUACUAAGCCUGGUGAAACUGGCUGGUAUGCUGAGAAAGAGUGGGGCACGUAUAAGACUUGGCUAGCAACUUAUUUUACAAUUGUAUGGCUCGAUGACUGUGAAAUAAGUGAUUUGACCAAGGAACUGCUUUCCACUCAAUAUGAAUAUAUUAAGGAGCAUAAUAAUUUAACCAUGGAGGGCGAACUUGUAUUUCAGCAUGCUCAGCAAUAUGGGGAUUUAAGUAUCGCUGCUAAACAACACGUAUCUGAUUACCUAGAUGAUGCUGAACAAAUUUCUCGAUAUGUCACAGAAUUGGAGGGUUUGUUAAGCCGUCGGAAACUAAUGGAUAAACAGAUCGAGGAAUACGUGAAUGAAUUGCCGGCAAUUGACGCCAAUAUCGCAUUGAAUGGCAAACUAGAGCUCAAUAACAGAGACUGCUAUCAAAAACUAGUCGACACUUUUAAUCAGAAGUGCUAUACGCUCAGCCAGAAUACAUAUGCUUUGAAUAAAUUGAAAAUAUUUGUGAAUAUUUGCGAACAAAUGCGUGACUCGAGUGAUGCGGACAUUGCUGUCAACCGAUUGAUACAACACUGCAAUAGAAAUGCGAAACCAAUUGAAAGGAUUGUUUGA